AAGUCACUGUUAACAUCACUUUACAAAGAAAACCCUCAUUCGUUGUUCCCUCUGUAUUUGGCGCUCUCUUCACUUUGUCGCCCUCAAAUCAAACACACAGCGACCGAACCCUGAUUCACGACAACGACAUGUUGCCCCUUUCCCUUCUCAAAACUGCCCAAGGGCACCCAAUGUUGGUGGAGCUGAAAAAUGGGGAGACUUAUAAUGGGCAUUUGGUUAACUGUGAUACAUGGAUGAACAUCCAUCUCCGGGAAGUCAUCUGUACCUCUAAAGAAGGAACUGAAUUUUGGCGUAUGCCUGAAUGCUACAUUCGCGGAAAUACCAUUAAGUACCUUCGGGUUCCUGAUGAGGUUAUUGACAAAGUCCAGGAAGAAACCAAAACCCGCACCGAUCGCAAACCACCUGGUGUGGGACGCGGAAGAGGAAGAGGUAGGGAGGAUGGUCCUGGUGGCCGUGGGCGUGGCUUUGAUGAAGGUGGGGCGAGAGGGCGAGGCAGGGCCGGUCCAGGUGGAAGGUCUGGUGGAAACAGAGGGCGAGGUAGAGGUUGAUUUGGAUAAAAGUAAUAUGGAAGAACCUCAGAUGGGCCAAUUGCUGCUUUUAAUGACAUUGGUGCAUUAUUGGAUUUGAGGUUUUUAAUUGUUUUCCUGGGUUUAUAGUGACAAAAAUUGUGGUAGACCUUCACAAUUUCUAAUGCCUUCUUUCCCAUUUGUAUUCCUUUCCCUGCUUAAAACAUGUUGAUUUUAUUAAUUAGUAAAUACAUCCUGACCUUACUAUGUUUAGAA